GGUUUGUUUAGUGAAUUAGCAAAAAGGGAGAAUAAGGAAAAUCCAUCCGUUAAGAAUGAUGAUGAAAAUGAAGAUGGUGAUGAUGAAUGCAUCGGUAUUUGGUAGCAGCAGAAUGCAGAAGAAGUAGAAGUGGAUUACAUUGAUGGAAGACUUUACUUGAAUGCCACGCCUCUUUCACCUUUUCUUGACCCUUACUCAAUCCCACCCACUCACUUUCUUCUUCUUCACUCCACCUUCUUCAUCUUUCCUUCUUUUUCAUUUUCAAUUCUCAAUUAAUCAUACCCAUUUCCCCUUUUUCUUCCUAAAUCUGCCAAAAUUUUGCUCCUUUCACUUUUCGAUACAACCCCGUCGUCGAUGGGUACAGAACCUCCGCCUCCGCCUCCGCCACUUCCGCCUCCUCCCACUCCAGCUACGGCUACUUCUCUUGCUCCUGGCUUUAGAUUCCACCCUACUGAUCAGGAGCUUGUGGGUUAUUAUCUUAAACGCAAAAUCUGUGGCAAAUCUAUCCGUUUUGAUGCUAUUUCUGAGACUGAUAUUUAUAAGUCUGAGCCUUGGGACUUACCAGCUUUGUCAAAGCUGAAGAGCCGAGACAAUGAGUGGUAUUUUUUUGGUGUACAAGAUAGAAAGUAUGUUAAUGGUUCAAGAGUGAAUCGAGCAACUGGCAAAGGUUACUGGAAAGCCACGGGAAAUGAUCGACCGAUUGUACACAACUUCCGUACAAUUGGUAUGAAGAAGACUCUUGUCUUUUACAGUGGACGAGCUCCAUGUGGGAAGCGAACUAAUUGGGUCAUGCAUGAAUAUAGAUUAACGGACGAGGAGCUUGCCAAAACUGGUGUUGUGUUGGAUGCAUAUUUAUUAUGUAAAAUUUUGAAGAAAAGUGGUCCCGGAUUCAAACCCGGGGAGCAAUAUGGACCCUUUGUGGAGGAGGAAUGGGAGAAGGAUUCGUCUACUCUUGUCCCAGGAGAAGAGGGUGAUGAUGAGGCACUAUGUAAUGAUGAUGCACGUGUGGAGGAAUCUACACAUUCAAUGAAUAAUGAAUCUGCAGCGGUUACAAGCUGUGGGCUUUCAACUGAGGUUCAAAAUAUUCCGCCUCUUUGCAAGAUAGAAAGGGCAGAAGGUUGUGCAGUUGAUCCAGAAGCACUGUCUCUGGGUCUAAAUAAACGUUUUAAGCCGAAUGAAGCAGACACAUGUCACUCUAAUGUUUCAGAGAUCUCGACCACAUUAACACAGGGACCCUGCUCAUCAUCUACAGGGAACACGAAAUUCUCGUGUCGGCUUUUAGAUUUCCCAUUGUUGGAGUCUGUAGAACCAAAAGAGUGUCCCUCCCCUCCUUUGGCCAAUGCCAUCGAUAUUAAUGUCCCUCCGAGCUAUUUGAAACUCUUUGAAGACCUGCGUAAUGAAAUCUAUAGAACUUCGAUUGAGAAAGAGUCUUUGAAGAUUGAAGUGAUGAGCGCGAGAACCAUGAUUAACAUUCUUCAGACAAAAGUUGAUCAUCUGACCAAGGAAAACGAGGACUUGAAGAAGAGCGACUUGUAGGAUGGGUAGGUUUUGUAGAGGGUUCUUCCUCGUGCUGUAUGCACAACUUCACGAUGAAUGUAAUAUAAACUCUAGUAGGAACCUAGUUGUUCCACAAUCUUCAAGAAUAACACUGCAAUGUCGACUCGAUGUAGUUUUAGUUUAAGACAUCUAUUUUUUUCACUCUUGUUCCUUUAAGUUCCUUUUGCA